GACCCUGGCCACCAGAGAGCUGGUCCAGAGUCACCUCCCCAACUGUGUUGAACUGAAAAAUCUGGAAAAUGGCUCAGAGGACAUAACGAUCCUUGGAAACGGACUUGCCUUUAUCAGCAGUAAAUGCAGGUCUGUCCAGCCUCCUCCCUGGCAUUGCAUACCUUCUCUGUGGCACACUGUAUAAACAGCACCUACUGGCAUGCCUCGGCUGCAGGAGUUGUUUAGUAGUCUGGUAUAAAAUCUGUUUGUAAAACUUGCCCGUCGUGAUUCCAAAAUGGGAAAGCUGGUCUUCAUGUCGGUUUUAAUAGCUGCCUUAUCAGCAUUGAUUGGAGAGAGGAUUGUCAACUUAAGGAAAAGGACCCUGGCCACCAGAGAGCUGGUCCAGAGUCACCUCCCCAACUGUGUUGAACUGAAAAAUCUGGAAAAUGGCUCAGAGGACAUAACGAUCCUUGGAAACGGACUUGCCUUUAUCAGCAGUGGUCUGAAGUAUCCUGGAAUGCCGGUCCCUGAUGCAAAAGGAAAGAUUUUCACCCUCGAUUUGAAAGAUUCUUGGAUGAAACCAGUGGAGUUGCGCAUGCCAAGAAACUUUGAUCUGGAGUCAUUCAACCCUCAUGGCAUCAGCGUAUACACGGACCCAAGUGAUGACACAGUGUACCUGUUUGUCGUCAAUCACCCUGAACACAAAAGCCAAGUAGAGCUGUUCAAAUAUGUUGAGGAUGACCACUCCCUGGAGCACCUGAAAACCAUAAAACAUGAACUUCUUCACAGUAUAAACGAUCUUGUUGCAGUGGGAGUGGAUAGCUUCUAUGCCACCAAUGAUCACUACUUUACCCAUGAAAUCCUUAAUUAUUUGGAGUUUCUUCUGGCUCAGCCUUGGACUAAUGUUGUGUACUACAGUCCUGAGGAAGUGACAGUGGUCUCUGAGGGGUAUUACUUUGCAAAUGGCAUUAAUAUCUCACCAGACGGAAGGCACAUAUAUGUAGCAGAUGUGUUUGACCACAAGGUGCAUGUGCUUGAGCAGGAAGAAGACAAUGCGUUAGUCUCUGUGAAGUCUGUGGCUGUGGGUUCACUCUGUGACAACAUUGAAGUGGAUGCUGAAACUGGAGACCUGUGGUUGGGCUGUCACCCUAAUGCAUGGAAACUUUUCAUGUUCGACCCCAAGAGCCCAGCUGGAUCAGAGGUCAUCAAAAUCCAGAACAUUCAUUCUGAUGAGCCAGUGGUGACUCAGGUGUACGCUGACGACGGCCAGGUGCUCAUUGGCUCCUCUGUAGCAGCUCCCUAUGGGGGGAAGUUGCUCAUUGGCACUGUGUUCCACAAAGCUCUGUGCUGUGAUCUCAAUUAGGCAGUGACUCUGUAACAUAUGAUUUACCUCUCUGCAAUGCUCUCAAUCAGACAAGGCAGUGAUGAGUUGAAUGCAGAUAUACAUGUAUACUGCAGCUCUUGUUUUAGGGGAAAAUGCUUCACCCUGUUGUACCAGACAGGAUCUGAUGAUAAACCCACAUAAAGGUGCGUGAUGAUCCACUAGGAGGAGCUGGAGAAAGACAGAUGCACUGUGUUUACCUGAUUUUACAGCAAUGAGUCCUGAAAGUGGUUUCAGACACACUGUGAACUUGAACCACUGUGAAAUAAGCACCUGGAUAACCACAUUUUCAGUCAAGCAUAUCAAAUUCAUAUGUAUAUUUGCGUUGCUGUGUAUUAUGAAAGUAAUAUUUUCCACUGGUCACCUAGAAAUUUGAGAUCUGAACAGAUGCAUUGUAUGUAACCAAAUGUUUUUACUUGUUGUAAUUGCUUGUCACAAUGCUACCAUGCACGUAAGUGUAAAUAAAGCAAUAAAGGAGUGUUAUGCUACAA